AUGUCUAUGGACGAAGCGAAGCAGGCAUAUGUGGAAGCAGUGGAAAGUUUUCAAGUUGGCUGGUUGCGUCAAGGCGACUCUGGACAAGGCGACCACACGGUCGUGCAACAACAAUCGGAAGAUAAAACAUCAACGGGAAAAGCCGUGGCAGUAAGCGCAAUGGCCUAUGAUGAUGAUGAAGCAACCGAAGAUACCGCCGAUCUGUUUGGCUAUGCGCGACAGAAUAACUUGGAUGGUGUGCGACAUAUCAUCUCGAAACAAAGGGAUUUGGUGGACAGUAAGGAUGAAGACGGUCUUACAGCGCUUCAUCAUGCCUGCGAUCGAGGCAAUGUGGAUAUGGCUAAACUUUUAAUAGAGCUCGGUGCUGACAUUGACUCAAAGACAAACGAACAAGAAACCCCGCUGCACUAUGCUUGCAUAUCAGAGCAACUGGAAACAGCACAAGUGCUAUUGUGUCAAGGUUGUGACGAAUCUGCACGCGACUCAUCCGGUGAAACUGCGUUUGAGCAAUCAGAUCCAUCAUUCAUUCAACAGCUCGGUCGUCAACAAACAUAA